AUAUGCCCUGAAAAUGAAAUUUAUUUAUCUGUUUCUUCUAUACAAACGCAAAAUGAUUUCCAGACGCAGGUUUCUUUUACUUCUCUGUAUACUGAAAAAGCGAAAACUGCGAGAUGACUGGAUUCCCUUCGCUUUUGAUCCCAGCGUCUUCACCGAACGAGAAAGCUGGCGAUUUUUUCGCUUCACCAUGUCCCAGAUUGAAGAACUCCGUAAGCGUCUGCUUAUCCCUGACAUUGUGGUAACAGCUGAACGAGACCGAGCCUCAGGUGUGGAAGCACUGUGCAUUUUGUUGCGCCGAUUUGUUUAUCCUUCACGUUGGAUAGAUCUCCGAAUGUUUUUCGGCCGGUCAGAAGGCAGUCUAUGCCGUAUUUUUAUGUGGGUUUUAAACCACAUCGACAGAACGUUUAGAUGGCUUGUGGAAGAGUGGAAUCAGACCUGGCUUACCGAAGAGGAUUUUGUUAUAUUUGCUGGCGCCGUGGCCGCAAAAGGUGGUGUUUUACGCGGUUGUUUUGGGUUCAUCGAUGGGACUGCACGACCAAUCAGCCGUCCCAAAUUUUUUCAGCGCCAGUGUUUUAGUGGCCACAAGCGUCAUCAUUGUUCGAAGUGGCAAGCUGUGUUGCUGCCUAACGGGAUGAUCGGGAGUUUGUAUGGCGGACACCGAGGCUCCAUGCACGACAGCACCCUUCUUACUUCGAGCAAAGUCCUGGACGCGCUGCAGCAAAAAUUUACUACGUUUGCUGGCCCAGACAGAUUCUGUCUUUAUGGUAAUUCGGGAUACGGAAGAGGAGAACUUGUAAAGAAACCAUUUUCUAAAGUAGAAGUACUCAAUGACCGUCGAAAAAAAGCAUUAAAUAAAGCUAUGUCUCGGGUUAGAGAGCCUGUCGAGUGGGGCUUUAAAGAAGUUGUUUCAAAAUUUGCAUUUCUUGAUUUUAAAAAGCAAAUGCGGAUGUACGUUAAUCCCAUCAACAAGUUAUAUCGUGUGGCUGUCAUACUUAUCAACUGUCAUAACUGUUUAAACCAUAAUCAAGCUAGCCAGUACUUUGAUUUGGAGCCACCUAGUCUGGAAGAGUAUUUGGUUACGUUUGAUGAAUAA